AUGCUAUUGUUUGACAACAGUUACUUCUCGAACCUGCUCAAUCCCAAGGACGGCCUGCUUGUCCUGCCAACCGACAAGGCCCUGCUGGACUCGCCAACCAUGGCCAAGUUUGUCAAUCUCUACGCGCAGGACCAGGCCAAGUUCUUUGCAGACUACACUGCAGCGCACCAGAAGUUGUCAGAGCUUGGCGCCUUCUAGUGCACCAACGCGCUGGCCGCUGUCUCGGCCAUUUGCGUGUGCUGUUCGAUGGGGCUGCAGUGGUUUGUUUGGUGCUGCUGCGUUACGAGAGAACAUAAACAGACAUACAACCAAUCAAAUCCAG